AUGAACACGAUUGCUGUUCAGUUCACUGAUCACAAGUCGGUCUAUGUCCUCACUAUACUGCAAAACAAAAUAAGCUGGACACAACUCUUUUCUGUUCCAGGGGAUCCUGAGGUGCCGGUGCUGUACGAGGUAGAGCGGACCCGCACAGGGAAAAGCUUUUCUGUUCGCUCCGUGAAGGCCAUUCAGCAUGGGAAGCCAAUCUUCAUCUGCCAGGCCUCCUUCCAGCUGGCCCAGGAGAGCCCUGUGCAGCACCAAUUCACCAUGCCUACGGUGCCACCCCCUGAGGAGCUGCUGACCCAAGAAGAGCUCAUUCAGAAGUUCCUGGAGGAUCCUAACUUGGCAGAGAAAUACAGAAAGCUUCUCAACAAGAUUCAAGCCAAGGAUGUGCCAAUUGAUAUCAAACCUGUGCACCCGCCAGCUGUAUUCUGCUCAGAGCCACAGGAGCCAAAGCACCUCUUCUGGGUGCGAGCACGAGGCUAUAUUGGAGAGUGCGACAUGAAGGUGCACUGCUGCGUGGCUGCCUACAUCUCUGACUAUUCCUUUCUGGGCACGGCCUUGCUCCCCCACCGACAGUACGAUGUCAAAUUCAUGGUGUCGCUUGACCAUUCCAUGUGGUUCCACGCUCCCUUCCGAGCCGACCACUGGAUGCUCUAUGAGUGCGAGAGCCCCUGGGCUGGUGCGUGCCGAGGACUCGUGCAUGGACGACUGUGGCGCAGGGACGGGGUCCUGGCUGUUACCUGUGCGCAGGAAGGCGUCAUCAGGGUGGGGCAAAAGCCCAACCAGAGCAAACUCUAGCUGAGGAAGCCGGCAGCAGCAGUUCUACCAAGCGCUGCUGUGUGAGGCAGCAGCCAGGCAUGCUGAAAAGGCUGCGCUGGAAACGUGGACCAAGCCAUGAUCCUGGGCAGCAGCAGGGAGAAGCACUGAGCAGGCGUGGGCUGGAUCCAGCGCAGCUGCAAGCGCCAGUGCAUGGAGAACAUUUGUGACUGACGUGGACCUGCACAGGCUGCGGUGGCAUCAACUUUUAUUGACUGUUAGCUGCACAGUGCAUAGUCAUACACUAUCCUCAGCCACCCCUCAGCUACCUUAAAUAAAGCCAUCACGUGAACAGCUCAGCUCUGUCCUCUGGAGUUUGUCCUCAGCUCUGGAGUGAUUGCGCUCAACUCCUUAGGGAACUUCCUCUUGGCUGGGGGAAGGGUGGGCAGUGCCCCUGCUACAGAUUGGGUCACAGGAGGGGAAAGCGCUAGCAACACACACGUGGCUUCCCUUUCUCACUUCUCCUGCCCUCUUUGCGCCCUGACAGAUUAGUUGCUGCUUCUGCUCUCCCCUCAGUCUCCUCCAAAGGGCUGGGUUUGAGAAAAGACCCAGCCCCUAAUGGCAGACCCUGGCAGCAAUGGGAAAGGGAACAAGUCAGUUCUCACCUCACAGUUUGGGAGGCUCAAAGACUUCUUGCUAAUGAGUGCCACUGCGUGCAGUUUCUGUGCAAUGCCUUAGGGGAAGCGAAGCUGAACAGAUGCGGUAGGAGCCCAUCCUUUUUCUUAUCAAGACUUUAUUAAAUAAAGUCUUUUUUAUUAUGUAAGUUUUAUUGGACGUUCCUGGCAAGAGCUCCAGACGUUGCCAGAAGUCAGCCUGUUCCUUUAAUGCAGUGCCAGUAUUUCCCAGCUACAAUUCCUGUCUACUUCUAGACGCUCCCUUCUCAGGAGGAGCUGGCUCCCUGGCAGGGAGGCAGUGAGCAUCCAGCACUAGGGAUGAACUGUCUGACUUUAAAAGUGCAUUUUCUAAAGAAGCAGCUGCCUGGUGAGGCUAGCCCCUGUCGCGGCCCCCACAAGUGGGUUCUGCCAAUAUCCUGCCUAAGCCUUACAC